CCGAACAGAUCAAUUCGUUCAUCUUUAGCAUUUCCUUCGGCGCGAAUUUUUGGUUAACUGCUUAAUAACAAAGAAAAAUCUUUGACCGUGUUUGUGCGCAAAGGACUUCAAAAUGGAUUUUGACAAAGCAAAAGAGAACAUCCAGCCGCUGGCUAGCGGUCGCAAUGUAAGCCUGCUGCAGGCUUCGCUAAGUCAGGACUCGGCUCACGGCAAUGAGAUAUUGGUUCAGCGCAGGCAAAUGGAAGAGGAGGUGCGCACUUAUGCUGGCGACGAUCCCCUUGACCCAUGGUACAAGUACAUCUGCUGGAUCGAACAAAGUUUUCCGGCGGGUGGCAGUGGUUCCGGCCUGCAGGCGGCCAUUCACCAGUGCCUUACCAAAUUCGAGGACGAUGAGCGGUAUAAGCAAGACAGGAGGCUCAUCAAGCUCUUUAUAAAAUUCAUGGAGAAGCAAAAGGAUCAGAUCGAGUGCUUCCAGCAAAUGUACAACCACGGGAUUGGGACAAUGCUAGCCGAUUUCUACAUUGCCUGGGCGUACAGCCUUGAUCUGAGUGGCAACAUGCGCAAGGCUGACGAGAUCUUCCGCUUGGGACUGGAUUGCCGCGCAGAGCCGCUUGAGGAACUUAGGGAGGCGCACCAACAUUUUGGCUACACAGUGGGUCAACGCAUGCUCUACACCACUGGCGACGAGGCCAUCGCUGUUAACCAGGAGCUCAACGAGAGGCGGCUUGCGCUACAGUCACUGCACGGUCGCCGCCAGCGGAGCUCCAACACUAUUAGCGUAGGUAGUCUACGCACCGGAGCGGCGGUCAAGAGUGGCUUGCCAGGCGUGGUUCAGACGGAUGCUCCAAGCUCGAGUGGUUUGCGUAAUGCUGGUCGUAACGUGCAAGUCUUCAACGACGAAAACGCUGAGGAGAAUAUACCGCUGCUUGUGCCCGAGCCGGAGGUAAAGUCAAGCCUUCGUUCGAUCAUAGACGCUGCUCGCGGGCAGGAAAAUAUUAAAGAACCCGUUUCCUGGAACAAAGCGCAUGCAAAACGCCACAAGCAAGGUAAAAUCUUUGGCAGUAACACCUCGCCGAACCUUGGCUUUGACAUACACGUGGACGAACAGGCGCUGCCACCCAUCACCAACUACGAACGUCGCCUGGAACAACCAUUUAGGAUUCCUCCAAACUUUGUGCCUAAGAACAAACCUCAGGAAGCUUGGGUGACGCCAGUUACCAUUGAGGACGAGCCGAACGCAAAAGGACUACCUUGCUACGAUAAAUGUCUGUUUUACCCGCGCCCUAACCUCGAGUUGUCGCCAGAAGAGUACCGCGCCUUCGUCUACCUAAAACGUCGCGAUAUACAGCACCCUUUAGUCCAGCGCAACGACGAGUGGUGGGGCACUGGUGGUAAAGUGCUAAGGGGAGUGCGCUGCUAUCCAAACUUCGCCACCGUUUCCAAGUCGCAGCCGCUCGACGAGCUAGAUAAGUAUUGGAAGCCCCCGGUGGUGCCCGGUCUUCAAAUUGUUUUUGACAAACUUUAUAACGACGAGGAACAGCAAGAGUACCAACCCGAAGAGUUGCUGGCAACCAAGUGGCUGCAAAAGCGCAAUGUCACAGUUCAUGGAGAGUUCGACAUGGAGGAAACGGUCUGCUUGCCCGGAAACAAGAUGCCACGCCGUAAGAGUUUCUUCCCAACAUCCUCCAGGAAAUCCAUGAUGCCACGAAGAGUUUCCACGGUUCAGGAAGAGGAUGAGAAGGUUGAGGAAAAUGCUGCAGUGGAACCCACCUCGACGCUGCCGCCAGCGGCAAGCGCCUCUCAGCCUUCUAUUGAAUCUGAAAUGCCGAAAAUUGAAAUACUUGAGGAUUCUGUCGGAUCGUCAGACGACAGAUUCGCAAUACCAGCGCCUCCUGUACGCAAAAUAGAGAUCUAUGAAGACACAGAAGACCUUCAGCCAACGCACAAACCAAAGCCGUUAAGCACUGGACCGUAUUUCGACGAGGAUGAGACUUGCUCUACGCAAAUGUUUAACAUGUUUAUAAAAUCGCAGGCGGUUAGUACUCCCAAAGGCACACAAAAGCAAGCCCCAUCACGACAAUUUGGAACUGUGCUUAAAGAACUGCCGCCAGUGGAGGAGCCAGCAGCUGCUAUUGCUGUCGAGUCUCCAGUGGAAUCACGCUCUCCCACCUUGCGGAAACAGUUAUCCACCAUACUGGAGACCUCUGAGCAUGGCACUCAGAGCCUGGCAGCUAGCGGCGCAACCACAAAAUCGACUAUCACUUCUUCUCCUGGAUCCUACACAGCUGCAAAACUGACGAGCAAAAAUGAAGAGUGCACUCCAGGGCAAAUUCGCCUGCAGCGCCUGGUAAAUCCCGGGCUACCCACUGUGGCCAUGGAGCCGGAAAAACAGGGUGGGGACAACUUUUUCCGCCGCGAGUUUUGGGAACACAAUGCCCCUAGCGUGCCGAUGCUUAAGUCACUGCGGUUUCAGGAGGAUAAAACAGAGACAAUUCCUAGGACUCUGACCUGCUUUCAAGAAGACAAAACCGAAACGUUGCCUCGUGUUCCCCAAGUUCUGGCCUGCUUUCAGGAAGACAAAACAGAAACGCUGCCACGAAUGCCCACUGCUAUGCCGGAGAUUUCUUUGCUUCACCGAUCGAAGGUUGCUGAAAUAUGCUCAUCUCCACCACAACUUCCCAAUAUGGAUGACGAAAGCGACUUGUGCGGAUUGUUUGGGAAGACACCGCCGAAAACAAAAACUUUUGGCUCUCCCAAGCGCAUCUGGAACCCGGAAGAUUCCGAUCCUUUUAAUUCGUUCAGUGGCGCAAAAGAUGCUAUCGGAUCCUUAACAAAGGCCAGCAGCAAACUUGGAGUUGCAAAAGUGGAAGACUCCUUUAUGAAUGAGCUUUCCUUUGUGCCCGAGACACAGCCAGGAACUUUUCCCAAGCCAAACUCAGAGUCCAUGCUGAAAAGCUUUAAAAUCUUUCUUGACAAUACCCAGCCCGAGAUUCCGGCUUUAAAAACUACAUCUUCAAAGGGUUGCAGUUUUGCACUGGAUUGCACACUGCCAGAAACCCAGCAGUCAGUUUAUGCGGAGCCAGCUGACAAGCAGGAAACAGUCGGGAAGUCCCAUAUGAUUGCUUCGUUUAUGAAGGAUUGCACUGAAAUAAGCAGCUGUCCGCCGCAGAUGCCUCCAAAGAUUGUCACAACAAAUCCCGAAAAUUGUUCGUCCACGCUCAAGUCCUUUACCAGUUCCAUAACAGGAUCUCUUAUAAAAUCCCCCCCGAAAGAGAAGUCGGAUGUCUCAAAGACCUCUGACCAAUUUUUUGAGCUUAACGCAGCCACUGAAAUGUUUGCCACUAACAUAAGUAUGAUCAAAAACUCGACAUUGCUCCCACCGCCGGUCCAAAAUCCUUCCGCAGAAGAGGCUGAAUCGGCGGAGCUAAGUAUCUACUACAAGACAACACCGGUGACGCCAAAGCAGUCGCACCGCUCCUGGUCGCAGUCUGACUUGGAGACUCCCCCGAGAGAGCAGUACGUGCACCCCAAGACCAAUGUCAACCAGACCGUAUUGAAUGAAACUCUGGCCGACCCCAAUCGAAAUCCUUUCAGUGUUGAGCUUAUUAGUUCGCUUUUAGAGUCAAUUGAUUUUUCCAUGUACAUUGAAAAACUGCCGCACUGCCACCUGGUGGGUCAUGUCAGGCGCUUGCAUCCUAACACCCUGCUGGAAGUUCACGACGAGAAGUUUGAGGUAUCUAAGAUGAUAGGCAAGGGGGCGUACGGUUCGGUUUAUGUAGGACGGCAUCUCAAGUCCGGCAAGAAGGUGGCCCUCAAGCAGGAAAGGCCAACCAACUACUGGGAGUUCUACAUAUGUUUGGAGAUUCACAGCCGUUUAACCAGUGAGCAAAUGAUUGCAGCCUACUCACACAUUGACUAUGCCCUUGUCGGCAACAAUUCAAGUGUAUACAUUUCGGAGUUUUCAGAGUACGGAUCCCUGAUCAAUGUGUGCAACAAGGUAAAGAGUGCCACCAACAGGAAUAUGGACGAAUAUGUGGUAAUGCAUUUGAGCUGCCAGAUGCUUGACAUUGUGGAUCACCUGCACGCCAUGGGCAUUAUUCACGCUGACAUCAAGCCAGACAACUUCCUUUUAAUGAGACCGUUGUGUGCGAAUCCCAAUGAAGUAAGCCUGCAACUUAUCGACUUCGGUGUGUCUAUUGACACUAAGCUCUUUCCGAACAACCAGACAUUUAAUUAUGUCCAUCAUGACGAUCUGUUCAAGUGCAUUGAGAUGCGGACCCAGCGCCCAUGGACUUAUCAACUUGAUUUGUUUGGCUUGGUCAGUGUCAUGCAUGUGCUGCUCUUCGGCCGGUACAUGGAGGUGGCGCCGCGAACUCCGAGCACCGUUUGGAUGCCAAAGGCAAAUAUCCCGCGCUACUUCCAGCGGCAAAUGUGGGAAAAUAUCUUUCGAACACUGCUGAACGUUCGUGACUGUCGCACAAUGCCCAAUUUGCAGCAACUGCGCACCCAGCUAAAAUGCGAGCUGGUCGAAAAGGAGAAAUAUGUUAGCGAGGCCAUAAGCAAAUUUAAUAUGAUUUUAAAGGAAUAGUCUGAUUUAAAUUUUUAAUUUUCAUGUUAAAGUUGGUAAUUUAAUCAAUUAAAUGUAAGCAAAGACCUUAAAAUAGUGUUUGCCUAUAGCGGUUAAAAUAUGUUACAAAAACAAAAA